AUGUCGAGAGAAAGUCUUAGCCCAACAAAUGCGUUGCGAAGAGAGAUCGAAGACGAAGAUUUUCUGACGCAGUGCGGGCACUGGAUGGAAAAGACAGAUAAAGGAACAACCCACCGGAAGGGCAUACCUCAAGGGGCACCAAUCUCCCCCGGCAAAGAUCUAUCUGCGCGAAGCCGACCUAUGGAUAGAAAGAAAGAUGCAGGAAAGGAAAAUGAAAGAAGAAAUCCAAAUUUGCUUUGGGAGUGUGAGAUAGGCAGACGGGGAGUACGCAGCCGAACAACCGCUGGGGUUUCCAGCAGUGAUAGCUGA